AUGGAUACUCUAUUUAACUCUACAAAGACUAAUAGUCGAGGCAUUCCAGAAGCUCCAUUUGUGGAAAAUGUCAAUGAUAUUAUUAAAGAAGUCAAUGAUUUUGAAUUGGUUUUCAAUAAGUUUCAAGAAAGAUUAUCGAAGUAUAAAUUUAUGCAGGAAUCAAAGCAAAACACUAUAAAACAGUUGAAGACUAGAAUUCCUGAUAUUGAAAAUACUUUAAAGAUAUGUAAGACUUUGGAAAAUAGAGAUAAGCCAGUGGAGACUCAUUAUCAGCUGAACGAUACCUUGUUUACCAAAGCUGUUAUUGAGUCAAAUGAAAACGAAGAUUUAAAAGUUGGUUUGUGGUUAGGUGCCGAUGUUAUGUUGGAAUAUCCAGUAGCAGAAGCAAUUGAACUAUUAACAAAUAAAUUGAAAGAUGCCAAAGAUUCUUUGGAAAUAGCUGAGGAGGAUGCUGAAUUCCUAAGGGAAAAUAUCACUACUAUGGAGGUCAAUUGUGCAAGAUUAUACAACUGGGAUGUUGAAAAAAGACAAGAACUUAAAAAGGCACAAGAAGGUACUGAAAAGUUAAAGAUAUAA